AUGGCUGGUGAUUUCGAUAGUAUUCAGGAAACAAUUCAAAAGAUCUGCUUGGUGUUAUCUUUUGUUUUGAAUAUUCAAUUAAUUUUCCUGAUUUUAUUCAAAUCUCCAAAAAGUUUCGGACCUUAUCGAGUCUUGAUGAUUUAUAUAUCUAUGACUAAUAUUAUUUAUUCCAAUUCUGUUAUUUUUGUGUCUCCGGUUAGUUUUCAUCAAGAAAUUACGCAAAGUUCCUUUUAAUUUCAGACAAUCAAUUCUUUUGGAUCAUCUUACGUAGCAUUUAUUAACAUAAAUAAUACUUGGCUGAAAAAUAAAGAAUUUAUCAGAAUAUCGUUAGAUGCUUGGUCAGCAAUGUUCGGAACUUUUAUGGGAAUGUUUGCACUUCAAUAUAUUUAUCGAUAUUUUGUUAUUAUGAACAAUUCAAAAAUGUUGAACACUUUCAAAUCUUACAAGAUCAUUUUUUGGAUGUCACUUCCACUUGUUUAUACAUCAAUUUGGGGUGUCGUUUGUUAUUAUUGUUUUGCUCCAAGUUUUGAAUUUACCGAAUUUUUGAAGCCAAAUUUAUUGAACACAUACGGUUUUCAAAUGGAUGAUAUUGUGUAUCUUGGAGUUCAUAUUUAUUCAAUUGAUAAAUAUGGAAAUAACAUUGUUGAUUGGAAUGCUGUCACUGGUUUAGUUGUAAUUUGGAUAUUUCUGAUGACUUCCUUAGUUAUAAUUAUUUACUUCGGUGUUUCAUGUUAUUUGAAAAUCAAGAAAAAUUCAGAAGGUGGAUCUCGAAAAAAUACUAAUUUUCAAAUGCGAGUGUUUACCUCACUUGUUGCUCAAACUCUUGUACCAGUUUUUCUAAUGCACACGCCUGCAUCGAUCAUAUUCUUAUUUGCAUUUUUAAAAAUAGAUACAACAGUACUGACAUUUUUGGUUGUCAUAUCACUUGCUGUAUUUCCUGCUGUUAAUCCACUUCCAAUUAUGUUAAUUAUUCCUGAUUAUCGUGUUGCAAUUUACAAAGUUUGUUGGAAAGUUGUGACUGGAAAGACAAUCACAUCAAAUAUUGUGCAACAUUCAACUGUUCAAAAAUUGAAGUUCAACACGCAAACUUAG